UAGGCUCGUCAUUUUAGUCACGUGACUUUUCAAUAAGAUUCCGGCUCGGCUUAUUGCGUUGUUUUAUUGUUUAGUUUUACAAAAAAAUAGUAUAGGCCGUUCCGCAACCAUAUUUAUCGAUAGACGUGUUGGAUACUCAAUCCCACCGGAUGUUGCUAUUGAAAUUGGAAAUUGUUUGAACUCACUUUGGAAAAUUUCUUUUCAGAAUAUGGACCAAUUCAGUUUCCAUGCCACGACCAUAAAAGUGAUCCUUUUUUUUCAUGUMUGACCAUUUUUUGCUCACAAUUGUUGGCAACACUGGUUCUCUGUGCGUUAUGUUGUGUACUGGUGUGUCGUGUGAAGUUUACGGAUUUAGUGGAUUUACAUCGUUUAGUUUUGGGAAAACUUUUUCAUCUUUCGUUCGCGUCCUGCUGUUGCUCAAGUAUCAUUCUGUGCUGAAACGUUCUCUGAUACCAUUAAGAAAUGGCGACUCUUGAAAAAUUGAUGUUGGAUAAAAUUCUUAUGAAAAUGAAAAGGUUUAACAUGAAUGAACUUAAACAGUUAUUCAAAAUUUUACAUUUGAAUCUAGAAUGGAAAGAUAUUAUCAAUAUAGUAACAGAAUGCCGUUUGCGUUUAAGUGUAGCAAACAUUGUAUCAGUAGUACAUCAGCAUUUAAAAGAUAGUGAUUCUAUUGAUGAAACAUACCAUCGAGUUUUGUUAGUGGACGCCAUCUUCCAUCAAAAUAGUCAGUGGUGGACAGUGACUAUUGAUAAAGUCAAUAAACAAUUGUUAGACAAAGAGAUAUUUUUCACCAUAGCUCCAGGAAAAGUGUUUCAUGUUUUUCACAAACCUCAAAACAUUGAUAAUAGACUGUUGAAAAUAGUUAUAAAAUCAGUCGGAGCCAGUAAAUGUAAGCCCUACUCACUGUCGGGCAAAAAUCUGCCGUCAAUGGUAAGUUUGUUGGAAGACAAGAAUAGAGGUAAUGAAAAAAACAAGGAAAUUCCAACAUUGCUUAACAAUUAUAAAGAAGAAGAUGUUCAAGAAUAUGUUCAACAACUAUUUGGGGAAAAAUGCAGGGUACUUAACGAGUUCACAAUAAAUGUGGAGAGUGAUAUGUCAGUAUUCAGCAACAGCAACCUAGCCGGCAAGAUUUGCAAAACCAGAGUGGUUCUAAAAGGUGAAAGUAUUAUUGAUUGUGUCAAAGACAUGAUGUUGUCAGGUGUAUUGCAACCACCAUAUCCAGAUUGGGCUACAAAGCUACCUGUAUUGGGUAAAAAUUGUGUAAAUAUUAAUGUACAGCCUUAAAUAAAUGUAAUUAAAUAAUAAUAUAUUAUAGCUUUAAAUGUAUUUAAUCAUAAAUUAAUUUAUUUCAAUUUCAUAUUAUUUUGUAGAAAAAGCUCGCCAUUAAAUAUUGUCUUUAAUCACUAUUAAUCAUGAAUGUGAUUGUGGUAUAGUUGUUGCGGGUUCUAUUAAAUAAACUUUGUGUACAGUUAUAACAAUUAA